GGGGAGGCAGCAGCAGUAUAGGAGAUGCCGGAGCUCAGUCACAUCUCUGGGAUCCGUGCUCGCUGUCAGGCCGGUCAGGGGCUGCAUAUGAUUCGUGCUGGGCUCCCUCCGACCCCCUGCGCCCCGCCAGCUGCAGGUAUACAAAUGCUUUCAGUCCAGCCAGACACAAAGCCGAAAGGUUGUGCUGGCUGCAAUCGUAAGAUUAAGGACCGGUAUCUGCUCAAGGCUCUGGAUAAAUAUUGGCAUGAAGACUGCCUGAAGUGUGCAUGCUGCGACUGCCGGCUGGGGGAAGUGGGAUCCACCUUGUAUACCAAAGCGAACCUUAUCCUCUGCCGUAGGGAUUACCUGAGGUAG